AUGCCGUCGCUUAAAGUUAAUGUUAAAUGGAGAGGAAAGGAGUAUGAGUUAGAAAUUGACACAAAUGAGACAGUUGAAUUGUUUAAAAUUCAGAUUUACACAUUGUUAGGAGUACUUCCAGAAAGACAAAAAAUUUUGGUUAAAGGAGAGUUGUUAAAGGAUGAUACUGAUUUUAAUACUUUGAAUAUCAAAGAGGUUAAAAGGACAUUUAUAAAUUUCGAUUUAAGAAUUUUGAUUAAAAAACUAAAUACUAAACAUAUGGUGGGAACUAAUAGUGAAUUUCCAGAAGAGCCAUAUCAAAAAAUUCCAUUUGUUGAAGAUAUGUCAACAGAGAGUAUUAUAAUCCCAAGGUCUAAUCUUACUAUUGGUGAUCAAGGUGAUCAAGACAAUCAAAGAAACAUGAUCAUGUCUUUAUGUGAACUUUACAACCAAUUGAAUCUGACAAGUGAAGGAUAUCCACCACUGCAAUUUUUACAAUCAUUACAACAAGCCUUUCCUCAAUUUGCAGAACGUAGUUAUUUUGGAUUGAUGCAACAAGAUGCUGAAGAAUGCUGGUCUCAAAUUAUGUCUUCAUUAAGUGAUAUAAAUCUUCCUACAUUUCAAAAUGUUGCUAAUAUAUCUGCAGAAGAAGGAUCAUCAACUUCUUCUAGCACACAAGCUUCAUUUGUUGAAAAAUAUAUGACUGGUGAAUAUACUUGUAUUUUAAAAUGUGAAGAUGAAAAAGCACUAAAUGAAGAACCUGUUAUUUUACAUGAGCCAUUUAGAAAGUUAAAUUCAACUGAUACCCUGAAUCAUGGUAUUGUUCAGGCAUUAGAUGAGAGACUUCAAAAAACAUCACCUACACUAAAUCGACAAGCUACAUAUUCUAAAAAGUCAUAUAUUAGUCGUCUACCUUCAUAUCUCACAGUUCACUUUGUAAGGUUUUUUUGGAAAAGUCAAGAACAAAGGAGAAUAAAAAUCACGCGUAGGAUUAUAUUUCCUUUCGAGUAUGAUGUUACAGAAUUUUGUACAGAUGAAUUAAAGAAAAAGAUAUUACCAGUCAAGAAUCAACUAAUUGAAUUGAGAAAAGAAAGGGAUGAAGCUAAGCUUGCCAAAAAUUCUGAUCAAAUGGAAAUAGACAACAUCAAAAAAAAUGACAAUUCAAGAAUUGAAGAAAUUAAAAAAUUAAUUGAUCCAGAUUUGGCAAAAGAUGUUGGAUCCAAUUUCACAGGAUUGUAUGACCUUUGUGCAGUUUUGACUCAUAUUGGAGAAAAUGCUGACUCUGGGCAUUAUGUUGCUUGGGUGUGCAAAGAUGAUGAUUCUGAUGAAUGGCUCAAAUUUGAUGAUGAUAGGGUUUCAACUGUCAAAAAAGAAGAUAUUCAAGAAUUGUAUGGUAAUGGUAAUG